UUCCCAACCAUUUAUCUAAUUUGCAUUUUGAUUCCCUCUAAUGGUUCCUCCUCCCACCAUCACUGUCUUCCAUUCUAGUUAGAAACUUGCAGCAAGAACAAAAUGGCAACAGCUACAAAUUGCGUAAGGCAUGGAACUGUGCCAGUCUCGGCCAACCUCCAGCACCAGCAGCCUCGAAGAAACAACUGCAUGGUAAACAUGGCAGGAAACAGAAACAUGAGGCUAAUGGGUGGAUAUGGCAAAGCAUCCAACAAGAGUGGGAUAAUAACAUGCGCAGGGAGGGAUAUAUCUGACUUCAUAGGAGGGGAUUUGGUGAGAUUUGAUCUGGGACAGUGGCUCUCAGAUGUGGAAGAGCACAAGGCCCUCGCAGUUUACUCACCCCACGAAGGGGGCUACGAGGGCCGCUACCUUAACAGAUUGACAUACCAGGGUUACUAUUUCCUGGACCUCAGCGCCCGAGGCCUUGGUGAUCCCGAGACUACUCUAACAAAGGUUCAUCCAGUUUGUCCGGCACAUUUAGGGAAGCAGCCAAUAGCAAGAUGGUACUUUCCACCGGAGGUUGAUUACAGGCUUGCGGCACUGCCUCCAAAAGCCAAAGGCCUAGUGGUCUGGAUUAUUGAAGCAAAGGUUCUGUCAAAGGCAGAAUUGCAAUUUCUUGCGCUUCUUCCAACCCUCCGCCCCAAAGUCAGGGUCAUUGCUGAGUGCGGAAACUGGAGAAGAUUCAUGUGGAAGCCACUCAAGGAGAUUUCGGGACUAACUGAAAUUAAGGAAUGAAAGCAGCAGCGAAGGCAGGCACAGAAGAGUUCAAGUCGUUCAUCUUGAAGACCUUUAAGCUGUUGUCUCUGGAAGCCAAUCUAUGGAACAAGAGACAGGCUUA